AUGGAAGUUGUCAAUUCAGUGUCAUCUCUCAGGUCCCAAGCAGCAGCAGCAGCAUUACUUGUGUUGCUGACCGUAGCAGCAGUGCGCACCCAGACGGCUAAGGCACAAAGCUGCACCACUCAGCUGACUAACUUGAACGUGUGCGCACCGUUUGUGGUCCCUGGUGCCACCCAAACCAACCCUAGUCCCGACUGCUGUGCUGCACUCCAAUCUGUGCAACAUGACUGCUUCUGCAGCACUCUCAGUAUUGCCUCUCGGCUCCCUUCUCAAUGCAAUUUGCCACCUCUUACUUGUGUGUGCAUUUCGAUCUGUGACCAAGCAAUGCCAGAGUGA